AUAGCCAAAUAAAAAUAGGAUUAGAUAGAAUAGAAUUACUUAAUAGUAUAGCAGAAGGAUUUUCAGAUAAACUUGACUCAUCAAACUUAAACCGAGAUCUUUUUGAGGUCUUGAAGGCUUUCGA